AUGGCUCAACAAAGCUUGUCAGACUUACUAGCCCACGCCGCUGUGGACUUGACCCCGUAUGAAACUCUCUACAAGCAUUUCCAUACGCAUCCCGAGCUUUCGUUACAAGAGAAGGUCACCUCUGAAACGAUCGCCUCGCACUUGUCAAAGCUCGAGGCCUAUGAUAUCCACACAAAUAUCGGAGGCUACGGGCUUGUAGGCAUUCUCAAAAAUGGUCCUGGAAAGACAGUUCUUCUUCGGGCCGACAUGGACGCGCUUCCAGUCAAGGAACUCACCGGGCUCCCCUACGCGAGUUCAGUGACUAUGUCUGAUGCGGAUGGCAAUGAAAAGCCGGUGAUGCAUGCAUGUGGCCAUGACAUGCAUAUCACGUGCCUUCUCGCAUCAGCCGAACUUCUGGCCCGGUCACAGAAUGCGUGGAGCGGGACUUUAAUCGUACUCUUCCAGCCGAACGAAGAAAGGGGCGGAGGUGCUCAGGCCAUGGUGGACGAUGGACUGUAUUCCAAAAUCCCCAUGCCUGAUUAUGUGUUUGGUCAGCACGUCAUGCGAAUGCGAGCGGGAAGUGUUGGUUCCCGACCAGGCACGAUCAUGGCUGCCGCCGAUAGCAUGAAGAUCACUCUCUUCGGCCGCGGUGGUCAUGGAUCACAGCCGCAGCAGACGAUAGAUCCCGUGCUCCUUGCUGCACAUGUUGUUGUUAGACUUCAAAGCAUUGUCAGUAGAGAGGUGGACCCGACUGAUCUUGGUGUCGUGACGGUCGGGAGCUUGCAGGCAGGAGAGACAGAAAAUAUCAUUGCGGACCGUGCGGAAAUUGGAGUUGACCUUAGAACUGUCAAAUUGGAGACUCGGGAGAAAAUAAUGUCUGCUAUCCGGCGCAUCGUUGAGGCUGAGUGCCUCGCUAGUGGAUCGCCGAAACCCCCAGUGUUCACACCAACAAGACGGUUUCCGCCCACUGACAACGAUAAACAGCUCGCCUCCCAACUGGCUGCAUCUUUCCGAGACCAUUUCGAGGACUUUGAUGAUGAUACCCCAAGGACCAACGUUAGUGAGGAUUUCUCCACGUUGGGUACUUCUCAGGGGCUUCCUUGCUCCUUUUGGUUCAUUGGGGGAAUUGACCCAGAGCUCUGGGAUAAGGGCCUCAGAAACGAAACUCCCAUGGACGAAAUUCCUGGGAAUCACUCGGCUCUGUUUGCACCAGUGAUCCAGCCAACGAUGAAAACAGGGGUGGAUACAUUGUGCCUCGCGGCUUUGACAUUCUUGAAAAAGUAG